UGCUAGAACCCAAUUCCAUCAUCCAUCCUUCCAAACAUGGAUGAAACAGAGAUUCCUACCCUUUUCCUGUGCCCGAUUUCUCUGCAGCUUAUGAGAGACCCUGUGACAGUGUGCACAGGAAUCACAUACGACAGAGAAAACAUAGAGAGAUGGUUAUUUUCAUGCAACAAAAACAAAACCUGCCCUGUUACUAAGCAAUCAUUGUCACACAAUGAUCUUACUCCAAACCACACUCUCCAACGUGUGAUCCAAGCUUGGUGCACCGACAAUAUUGGAGCUCAAACUAUUUUAUCUCCAAAGUCAAUCAUUGACCAAACUGAAAUUUUCAAACCCCUCUUCGAAUCAAAGAAGUUCCCGGAGAAACAGCUCAAGUGUCUUAGAAUGCUUGAAUUUAUUGCUUUUGAAAGUGAAAGUAACAAAAACUGUUUGAAUUCUGCAGGGGCUAUAGAUUUCUUGGCUUCCACCAUGAUGUUGAACAAAAGCCAAGGAGUUUCAAAUUCAAGUGCUAUCAUGAGUGAAGUAGCACUUGAAGUGUUGUUCCACCUAAACCCUUCUGAAUCUCAGCUUAAAAACCUGAUGAACAAGGAGGGGGUCCAGUUUGUGGAGUCCUUGUUUGAGGUGUUGAAGCUGGGAAAGUUCCGAUCUCGAGCUCAUGCAGCUGUGCUAUUGAAGUCAGCAUUUGAGGUGGCUGGUCCAACCCAAUUGAGCAAUGUCACAUCAGAACUGUUUGUGGAAAUAGUUAGAGUUCUAAGGGAUCAGAUUUCACAAGAGGCUUCUAAGGCAGCAUUGAAGCUUCUUGUGAGGUUGUGUUCAUGGGGAAGGAACAGAAGCAAAGCAGUUGAGGGUGGUGCGGUUUUAGUUCUCAUUGAGCUACUUCUUGAUGUGUCUGAAAGGAGAACAUGUGAACUCAUGUUGAUAGCUUUGGACAGGCUUUGUGGCUGUGCAGAAGGAAGGGCUGAAUUGGUGAACCAUGGAGCUGGAGUGGCUGUUGUGUCAAAGAAGAUUCUGAGGGUUUCACAAGUGGGAAGUGAUAGAGGGGUCAAAAUUUUGACCUCCAUUAGUAGGCAUUCAGCCACCCCAAGAGUCCUUCAUGAAAUGUUGCUAUUUGGGGCAGUGUCAAAGUUGUGCUUGGUCCUUCAAGUGGAGGGUAGUUUCAAGGCCAAGGAGAGGGCUAGGGAGACACUCAAAUUGCACUCUACGGUUUGGAGGCAUUCCACAUGUAUUCCUAUCCCUUUGCUUGCAUCUUAUCCUUGAUGUUGUGGAUCAUAGGCUUUUAUUAUGAAGUUUGUUUUAGCGGCAACCAUUCAAGCAUUGAAUCUGUAUUCACAGAAAGCGGAGAUUGAUUUUGGUUGGUAGUGCUGAGCUUUUUGCUGAACAAGAUGCUUUCAAUGUUUGAAGUAUUAGUUCACCUAAUCCUCUUGGUAGAGAUAAAGACAAAGGGCCAUUGAUGUAACCUUAAAAUCAAUGUUCUUGUUUGAGUUUAAUUUUAAAACUCCAUCCGUGUAAAGACUUUUAUAAUACUAAUAAGU